AUCACCAGCGAGAAACCAUGUCGUCCGUCGUACUCAAGAGGACUGGCCAGAAGAUGCCCCUCGUAGGCUUCGGACUCUGGAAGGUCAAUAGAGACACUUGUGCAGAUACUGUGUAUAACGCUAUCAAAGUCGGAUAUCGUCUAUUUGAUGGUGCCGGCGAUUAUGGCAAUGAAAAAGAGGCUGGCCAGGGUGUUGCAAGGGCAAUCAAGGAUGGUCUUGUGAAGCGCGAGGACUUGUUCAUCACAUCAAAGCUAUGGAAUACCUUCCACGCACAUGACCAUGCGAAGGCUCUGGCGAAGUACCAGCUUGGCCUAUGGGGGAUCGAUUACUUUGAUCUUUUCUUGGUUCACUUCCCAAUCUCUCUGCAAUAUGUAGACCCUCAGCACCGCUACCCCCCUGAAUGGUGGGGCGACGAUGGAAAGGUUCACCUCGCAAACGUUCCCUUCCAAGAGACAUGGAGAGCGAUGGAGGAGUUCGUUGAUGAAGGCUUGGCAAAGAACAUUGGCAUUAGUAAUUGCCAGGGUUCUUUAAUCCUGGAUAUUCUUCGUUACGCCCGUAUCGAGCCUCAGGUCCUUCAGGUCGAGAUUCAUCCUUAUCUGAAUCAAGAGGCUCUCGUCAAGCUAUGCAAGCUGCUCGGAAUUGCUAUCACCGCGUAUUCGUCAUUCGGCCCCCAGAGCUACCUAGAACUUGGCGUGAAUAAGGGUGUCGCUAGUCUCUUGCAACACGACGUGGUUUCUGCGAUUGCUAAGUCUCACGAGAGAUCUACUGCGCAAGUUCUCCUUCGUUGGGCGACGCAGCAAGGCAUUGCCGUAAUUCCGAAGAGCAACGAUGCUGCGCGGUUGGCUUCUAACCUAAAAUGCGACGACUUCAACCUAUCGGAGGCUGAGAUGAAGCAGCUUAGUUCGAUGAAUAUCAAUCUGCGCCUCAAUGACCCGGCGGAUAUCGACCCACGUCUCGGUAUCUUUGCUUAAUUAUGCCCCCAUCCUGAUGGACUAGAGUAAAUGGUGCCAUACGAUUUCUUUGUUCCGAUAGUGUUAGAAAAAGUGAAGUAGCAGAACUUCUCGAUGCUAUCUGCGGCUGGUCAA